AUGAUGGCGAUGUUUCGGAGUUUCGUCUCCGGGAAUCAGACAAAACAAGCGGCGGCAUCGGGGGAUAACUUGGCCGACACGUACAGCUGCCCGAUCUGCCUGGAGGUGUACUACAAGCCGGUGUCAAUAGCAAGCUGCGGACAUGCGUUCUGUGGGGAAUGUUUGCAACCCUGCCUCCAAGUUGUGUCACCGUUGUGCCCACUUUGCCGCAUGCCCUUUGACCCCAAAAAGGUGGAAAAGGCCUCUAAUGUGGAGAAACAGCUGUCGUCGUAUAAGGCUCCAUGUCGGGGAUGCAAUAAAAAGGUGACUCUGGUGAAGAUGCGGACUCACAUUUCUUCCUGCUAUAAAGUUCAAGAACAGAUGGACAACUGUCCAAAGUUUGUACCUGUUGUUCCUACUACACAGCCCAUUCCCAGUAAUAUUCCAAACCGAUCCACAUUUGUCUGCCCAUACUGUGGGGCACGAAACCUUGACCAACAGGAACUAGUCAAACAUUGCAUGGAAAAUCAUCGCAGUGAUCCCAACAAAGUGGUAUGUCCAAUUUGUGUGGCAAUGCCGUGGGGAGAUCCAAGCUACAAGAGUGCCAAUUUUCUCCAACACUUGCUUCACAGGCACAAGUUCUCCUAUGAUACAUUCGUGGAUUACAGCAUUGAUGAAGAUGCAGCAUUACAUGCAGCAAUAGCACUUUCACUCACUGAGAAAUGAAACCGCUAUCUUCACAGAGAUCUCAGUGGACAUCCUUUGUACAGGUUAACUUCACUCUCCUGGGCAAAGGGUACCUGUUUCCCAGCAUUCUGAAAGGUACUGUCAUCCUCUGCACAAGUCACCUUCUCUCAUCUGAGCAAACGCAACGUCCUCUCCCAGCAUUCAGGAAGGUGCUGUCAUCCUUUGCACAGGUCACUUCUUCAUAUGUACAGAGGAAGAGGAAAUGUCUGGCCCACUUGCAAGUAUUCCAUAGGGCGCUCUCAUGCUCAAUGCGUUAGCUUUUCGCACUUGAGCACAGAUCAUGCUCACUUGCCCAGCAUCCUGUAGGGUUAUAGUAGCUCAGCCAGUCACAGCCUCUACUCAAAUCUUUUUUAUAAAGAACACUCGUGUAUGUUAAGAUGUAUUGGGUACAACUUUACUCACAUAUUUCUACAUAGUUGGGGAAGGGGAUCUUUAAUUUUAAGUUUAUUUUUAAUUUGGAGGUCAUUGUGGAUUUUAAAAUAUGAAAGGAUAUUUUAAAAACAGUUACAGGUGGGAAUAGAAAAGUUGAGAACUGAAUGAAAGAAUCUUUCAUGUACCAUGUGUGUUAUUUUCCUGCAAAUCAGAGCUCGAAUUUUACAGCUAAUAGAUUGUAAAUUUAGUGUAAACAGGGUUGAGGGGUGCAUACCCAUGACAUGAAUUUGUCUCUAUUUAGCUAACUGCCAUGGAAAACAUCUUCCUUCUUAAAUGCUUAGCCUCCUAACUGUUAUCUCAAUGAAAAAUAUGGUCGGCAGUAUUGGUUGAUUACCUCAGAUGUUGCAGUAUUACUGAAUGGUGUUGAACCCAAUGAUUUGCAAAGUGCCAGAUAUUUAGAUCUUUUAUGUAUGGAAGCCUGUUUAUUCUUAAAUAUUUAUUUAAGUUGUAACUCUGUGUUACCUCUUGCUCUUGAAUGAAGAUAUCAGCAGUUUCCAAGAUUUCAAUUGUCACUAUUUGCCCAAUCCUGCUACAAAAGAUGGAGUUUAUGAAUACCAAUGAAGCUCUUGGGAACUGCUGUAAAACUCUCAUGUUGCAGGAACCUGCAGACGUUAAUUCUGGAUAUAUUGGAUAACUGAAAUGCCUUUUGUUUGCCAUGUCAUUCGUGGGUACUGCAACUAUAUUUUUGAUUAUAUGACUGUUUUGGCUUUUGGCGAUAUCUGGGAAUGCCUGUUCAUAUUCACAGCCCUUAUCCCAAGUCCAAGAUGAAUUGGUACUGAAAGUCCUUAGACUUGGAAGCUGCAUGCAUGAUUAAAUGAACAGUAACAUUUGCAUCAUAUCAAUGUCCUCUGGAAUGAAUAGCACGUAUAGGUGGAUCUUUCUUUAAAGAGCACCUACAGCAUUUUAUUGCCAACAAUCGCUGAGAGAGACUGUAUUUGGGAGCACAGAAGAUACUUUCAACAUGUCUGGCAACCUCCCAAAACACUAAGGAUCUUAAUCUGAUAGACCAAAAUGUGUAGCACAAGGUCUCGCACAAAACCAGCAUGGACCUUGGGGCAGUACUGUGCCUUGUCAAAGAUCAGGCAAUUUUAUCCCACAAUAUGUAUCCAAUAUGUCCAGUUUUUAAUGGGUGUAAUUCUUAUAGUACUUCCAAUAAAAUGUAUCAAAACUUGUAA